AUGAGAUAUUCUUUCAAGAUCAUUUCAUUUUUCCUCUUCUUCAGUUUCGUUCAAGCAAAAGGAGGCCGAGGAGGAGGAAGAGGUGGAAAAGGUGCUAUUCAACUUGCAGGAGCUCUCGAAGGAUGGGAAGAUGUUUUCUUUGUCGUGGGUAUUCUGAGUCUUGCUUGCUGUCUGCAAUGCUGUUGGUAUGGCUGCCUGAGUCUUGCAGAGGGAGUUUUGAAAAGUCUCGCAGAAAAUAAAGAAGAAGGCGGACAAGGAGACGAAGAAUCGGGGGAAAAUAUUUUGCUGGAAGAUCAAUAA